AUGGCCAGAUUUAAUAAUAUUCUAACUGGAAAAUAUUAUAUGUUGUUCUAUAUAUUUGUAUUAUCAUGUAUUUUGUACAUUCUUUCGCAAUUCUACGGUACCAUACUCAUAUCUAAACUUACAAUAUUAUUAGACAACAGAUUUACAAAGAAUAAUACAACAUAUUACUAUUAUCGUUCAUCAUCUUAUAACAAAACUAAGUUGGAACCAAAUGUCUUCUUGUAUUAUCAUCAUGCAACUUCCGGUCGAAAUUCAUCUUAUCCUUUUAUUAGUGGUGAUACAUUUCGAGCUUUUUCUGAUUAUGUAUAUGAUGAAACAAGAACAGAUAAUUUAAGUUCAGUAAAAUAUGGUGAAAUUGUUUUCGUGAAAACUGAUAUGCUUUCAAACUUUUUUACUUCAUCAUUUGAAUCUAUACGAGAACCAUUUGUACUUAUUUCACAUAAUAGUGAUUAUUCUGCACCAGGAAGAUAUGAGAAAUAUUUAUCAGAUCCAAAAGUGCUUCAUUGGUAUGCAUCCAAUCUUAAUGUCAAAAAUCUUCAAAAAAUAUCACCUAUUCCCAUUGGAUUAGCUAAUACACGAUGGCCACAAGGAAAUUUAGAUAAUAUAACAUUUGCUUUUAAAAAUCAUCGGAAACCUUGGUCUCAGCGAACAACUUUUCUUUAUGUUAACUUUGCUGUUGGAACAAAUGUUGCUCAAAGAACAAAAGCUCUGUCACAAGCAUCAACGAUAAAAGAUGUAGAAAUAGUUAAAGAAAAAAUUACAUUUGAAACUUAUUUAGAGCAGAUAGGUAAUUCUAAGUUUGUAUUAUCACCACCUGGUAAUGGUCUUGAUUGUCAUCGAACAUGGGAAGCAUUAUUGAUGGGUGCAGUACCUAUUGUUUUGGCAUCUGGACUUGAUCCUUUAUUUACAAAAACAAGAUCUAUUAUUAUUAAUGAUUGGUCAAAAUUAUCGUACAAUUUUUUAUCAUCAUUCAAUUCUUCGUUGGAUGAUAACUAUGAACCUGAUGUUUUAUAUGCUGAGUAUUGGCGUGAAACACUUUUUAAGUAUCGAAAAAAAACUGAUUAA